CGGACAUGGCUGUGACUUACGCUGAUCUCAGAUUUGCCGAGAUUCCAUUGAGGGAGAUCAAAGUGUCCGAGGACCUAGCGGAGACUGAUGCAGAGGAUGGAGAUGUGAUGUAUGAGAACAUUACUGGUCCAAACCAACCCAGAGUAAGGACAGCACCACCAGCGCCACCUACUGGACCUGACAAAUAUCUCAGGACAGGAUUCUGGGCCCUGGUUCCCCUCCCAACACUGAUCCUCCUCCUGCUGUCUCUGCUGUUUUUGGCCUCCACUAUUGGAUUGACAGUGACAUACAUCGAAUUGUCCCAUCAGUUCCAUCAUCUAAACUGGAGUCUGACCCAGGAUCUUCAGAGGAAGGAGGAGGAGUUAUCAGCAGGAAAACGAAACCUGGAGAGGAUCUGGGAGGAGAAGGAGAAGAUGGUCCAGGAAAAAAUACACCUUAAUGCCUCUUUAAGGGAGUGUGACCGGAGAUCUGCUGGUGAGCGGGAAGACUUGGUUUGGGGAAUCAACCACCUGAAUACUUCCUUACUGGAGUGUGAGCGGAGGGACAAGGAGUCCACUGAUAAGAAGAAAGAGGCAGAGGAGCGUCUGAAGGAUCUUUGCCCUGAUGAUUGGAUUCUGUUUGGUAGAAAAUGUUUAUGGUUCACAAAUGAGAAGAUAAAUUGGUGGAAAUGUGACCAGUACUGUAAAAGUGAGGAGGGGAACCUUAUUGUUGUCCAAAAGAACGAUCUGAGGCUUCAGGAUUUUCUGUUCAAUAAAACUGAAGAUUCCUGGGUUGGAAAAGAAUUUAACAGAAAUUGGUACCAAAGGUGGAAAUGGCCAGAUCAGUACGAGAACGAUUGGGGAAAAUGUUGGCAUAUCAAAGAUAGAAACUUGAAGCAAGAGAGCUGUUCAGAAACGAAAAAGUGCGUCUGUGAGAAGAAUCUGGUCCACGUGUCAGUAAAGAAAUACAAAAGUGAUGAUUCUCCACAGUUAAAGCUCUGGGGCACGUCAUAUCAUUGCUGGAAAAAUGAUUAAUCAAGAGAUAAAAAAGGUUAAUAUACACAAGCAUCAAACCUGCCCCGACCCCUGCUCUGCGCUUGUCCCAAUGUC